CACAGCUGCUGUCCCUCCCCCCUGUCUCUCUCUCACCACUCUCACACCUAGAACCACAGUAGAACCGCUGAACCACAUCCUUUAGCGAGCUAACGCAAAGGGCUAGAGAGGGGACGCCACCGAUCGUUGGUCGACGCUUGUCUCCCUUUGAGACUAGCAAGCAGGCGGCGGGGGUCGGGAAUCAGUUUGACAGGGCGGCCGAUUUCUGAUCUGUCCUACCCAUCUUUGCCAUGGCAUGGGUAAGGGAAGGGCCCGGGAAUAUCCAGCACUGGCAGGGGGGUGGGUAUGUUCUCCGUGACGAUAUAUAAGCUGGCAUGGCUCCUCGGCUGGGGGUCCGCUAGGGGGGCCGUUGGAUGAUGACCACACUCGAAGGUGGAAUCUGACACAAAUACAUUCCUGAACACCAAAAGAAAACAAAACAAAAACCCCAUAUUUCUUUCUCCCAGCCUUUUAUUGUGGCUGCACUGAGCGACUUUUGUUACAUCUUCGCCACACCACGUCAACGGGUCCAUACACCUCUCCUAGCCCAAGGUCCACAACCACAGCGACUCCACUCAACCUGCCCGCUCACCUUGUUUCCAAACAGCAUCUAUAUUGAUCCCAUUCAUACACACAUCCGAAAGCUCGGCAGCAGAAGAGAGCCAAAAACACGGACCGGAGGAGGCACAUACAGACAACAAGGAGCAAAAGGGGAGACAAAAAAACCAAAGUCCACAAGAGCCGGGGACACCAUGGUCAGGGCGAAAAGCUUCUUCCCGCUCGACCCCCGGCCGUCCAAGGCCAACGCCGAGGAGCGACAGCGCCGCAAGCAGCUGGAGAAAGAGCACGGCUACGGGUGGGUGCCGCCCGUGGUCCUGGGCCUGAUCGGGCUGACGCUCGCGUACGACGUCGCGCGGGACGUGGAGAAAUGCGAGAAGAGGAAGGACGAGCAGGGAGACGGCGGCGACCGAGACCGCCGCGACGAGAGCGAGGAGACGGCGCGGCGGAGGAGGAGGGAGCGGAGGCGGGCGGAGCUGCGGUCGAGGUCGGACCGCCGGCAUAGGGACGACGGGGGCUGGGACAGCUGGGAUGGGGAGGAGGACGACAGGGGGUACUAUGGGGGGAGUGAUCGGGGUGCCAGCGGGAGGGAUCGGGACAGGGACGGCGGUCUCACCAGGGCGGAUCGGCUUGAGAAGGGCGAGGGCGGGCCGUGGGAUCGAGACCGGGAGAGGGAGAGGGAUAGGCGGAGGGGCAGUGUUUACGAUACUGACGACUACUUUGACGAAGACCGGCCUCGACGCCGUGGCAAGGACGAGGAUGACGAUUAUUACGAUUAUGACAGGGGCAGGAGGACGGUUGAGGAUCGGAGGGGUCGGCCUAGGAUGAGGAGGCACUCGAGCGACUGGUGAGGCACAGCUCCGAGGUAUCAAUAUGGCAGCAACCGCUAGAAUGACAUAUCAUCAGCCACACUUACGCGGUGGGAAACCAUUCCGUCCCCCCCCCCCCCGG